CUGUCUACGCUGCUUCAAUUUAAGGCAGAGUCAGAGUAGCUUGAGCUUUAUUAGCACCAUGAAGACCAUUCUGUCUGUACUGUUGGCGCUUGGCUGUGUAGCAGCCUCUCUGGCUUAUGCGGUACCAAGGGACGAGGACCCUCAGGAGGAGAAGGUUGUAGCCCACGUCCACGAGCACACUCACUGCAGCUCACAUGACUCGCAGGAGGGCCCCGUGGAUGGGUACAACCCAGACGCCCCUAAUCAUCAGGUGUACGAAGUGUCACCCUCCCAGAAACUGGCAGCCGAGUUGGCAGGCAAUGAUAAGGACGAAUCCGAGUGCGACAGCGAUUCUGAUGAAUCUAAAAAGGACUCUGAUUCUGAUGAAAGUAACGAAACCAAAGGUUUGAAAAAAUCGUCAAAGGCUGAAAAGGAUAGCUCUAGCAGCGAAGAUAGCUGCUCUGAUUCGGAUGAAGACAGUGACGAAAAAAAUCUUCAAUACGAAUUUGUUUUUAGAAAAGAUAAGUCUAAGGCUAAACAAAAAGUAGAAAAUAUUAACGAUGGAAUCAAAAUUCCCGAGGAACAAUUCGAAGCGUGUGAGAGCCAAGACGUAACUUCUGCUAACCUAGCCGAAACCGAAACCAAAGCUGAAACUUCCGAAUCCCAAGCCGAGGCUUGCACUGAUCAACAAUCCGAAACUUCUGAAGACUAGUUGAAAAGUGAGAAUUGGUAUUAUAAGAUAACUCAUGAACACUUCUGGUUAAGACACUACCUAGUACAAUAUUAAAAACUUAAAUGUAGCAGCUUUAAUUUUCAAUUUUAAUACAACUGUACUUAUCUAACACAUGAAAUAUAAUUAUUUUAAAAG